CAACACCUUCUCACCUUCAUAUCUUACACUACGAUGCUUCGCACCUCUGCUUUCAGCGCCAUCUUCAAGACCGCCUCUAGAGUUGCCACCUACCAGGUCGCUCAACCUGCUGCUCGCCUCUCACCCAUCGCUGUUGGCAGAUUCUACUCUGCAGGUGCCGGUCUCGACCGUUCCGACAUUGAAUCCCGAAUUUUGGAAAUCCUCAAGGGUUUCGACAAAAUUGACCCUUCCAAGGUCUCCUUGAACGCCACUUUCACCAACGACCUUGGCCUCGACAGCUUGGACGCCGUCGAAGUCGUCAUGGCCAUUGAGGAAGAAUUCUCUGUUGAAAUUCCUGACAAGGAAGCUGACGACAUCAAGAGCGCUGCACAGGCUGUUGAGUACAUCAGCCAACGUAGCGAUGCUCAUUAGACGCGCUGUAAAAAGGAUAGUAGAUAAAAGACAAAUUGCUAAAAAUUACAAUAUAAAAGCCAUACGAUACAAUACACGUUUUGACACUGGGCAUAUAUUAUUUAUGGGAG